AUGGGCGCUGCGAGGCUUUUCCUCCAUUCGAGCUACCUGCGGAACACUGCCCUCGCUGCAGUCGCUUGCGCUGGGGUUCACAGCUCAACGCGACGGGCCAAUCCCAUUCAGCUCGACAGCCCUUCCGGUGUACAUGUCCCUCAAGAUGCCUCUCUUAUAGCCUAUGCUCGACGUGUGCAGAGUCGCAAUGCGCAGACCGAAGACCCCAAACAUGCCACAAAAAGAGGUGACGCGACCAUCAUCGACAAAACAAACGAUCCUGAUCAGUAUGCUCCGGCUUUCGAGAGUGACGACGAGAAUGCUUGGGCGUCCUUCUCGAGAAACUUCCACAAUGUAAAAGAGGGCAUUGCAAGGAUAGAAUGGGGCACUGUUAGCGACAAGAUUACUGACUGGGUUGUGCCCAACUGGGUCAAGAUACUUCCUGACGGAUUUCAGAAGCUUCAAUUUGAGCUCUCCAUGCGCCCCGGAACGCUGGCAGACCAGAUCUGGCAGGAGGCACAUGAUCCAUGCAUCAACCCAGAAAUCGAGUGGAAUGCUACCGUUCGCGUUGGUGACACCCUAGGCAACGACGAAUUGGAGUUCCGGCGCAAGAGGAAGCAAUACGUGACCAAAGCAUUGGCAAAGUACCUUGGCCUGGAUGAGAAGGAGAUCCAUCCUGACGACGUGCCUACCAUUGCCAUCUGUGGGAGCGGCGGAGGCCUGCGGGCGAUGGUCGCCGGGACAGGCAGCUACCUGUCAGCUCAAGAGGCGGGUCUUUUUGAUUGCGUCACAUAUACCGCAGGAGUCAGCGGCAGCUGUUGGCUACAGACACUCUUCUAUUCGUCACUGGGUAAGCAGGAUCACCGACAACUCCUCAAACACAUCAAGUCGCGGAUUGGGACACAUAUCGCGUUUCCUCCACCGGCAUUGAAGCUGGUGACGAGUGCUCCCACCAACAAAUUCAUCCUCAGCGGCUUUGUCGAAAAGCUGAAAGGUGACCCUGGUGCUUCUUUUGGACUCGUGGACAUCUACAGUCUUUUGCUGGCUGCCAGGCUUCUGGUACCACACGGCGAUCUCGAUGUCAACGAUCAAGACCUCAAGUUAUCAAAUCAACGGAUAUACAUUGAGAAUGGUCAAUUUCCCAUGCCCAUAUAUACCGCCGUCCGCCACGAAAUACCUGUGGAAGUGGAGGAGGAAAAGAAAUCCAGAGACAAUCUGGCUCUCAAACAAAAGAUCAAAGAGAAAGCCAGGAAGGAGGCGUGGUUUCAGUGGAUAGAGAUGCACCCCUGGGAAGUUUUCUGCGAAGAGUUCGGUGCUGGCAUACCGACUUGGAGUUUAGGCCGGCCUUUCCAAAACGGCCGAAAUAUGCUGCUUGACACCGGUGUUGCCCUGCCCGAAGUCCGACAGAGUCUUCUUCUUGGGAUCUGGGGGUCGGCCUUUUGCGCAACGCUAUCGCACUACUACAAAGAGAUCAAGCCCGCUUUGAUCGGGAUGGUGGGGUUCGAGGGGGUGAACUUGCUGGUUGAAGAGAAGAACGAGGACCUGAUCAAGAUCCACCCCAUCGACCCGGCCACUAUUCCGAACUUUGUGUACGGCAUGGAAGGCCAACUCCCUGCGACUUGUCCAGACUCUGUGUUUCAAAAUGACCACCUCCAGCUCAUGGACGCUGGAAUGAGCAACAAUCUCCCAAUCUACCCGCUCUUGCGACCUGGCCGAGAUGUGGACGUCUUGAUUGCGUUCGAUGCGUCGGCAGAUAUCCAGAAAGAGAACUGGCUGUCCGUGGUGGAUGGGUAUGCUAAACAGCGCGGCAUCAAGGGGUGGCCUGUCGGUGCCGGAUGGCCGAGAGGAUCAUCCAAACCGCAGGAGAAUGCCAAAGCACUCGAAGAAGCACAAGCAACCACUCCGCAAGAAGCGGCAACAAAACUUGCCGAAGCGAGAGAGGAGGAUCGCGAGAAUAAAGCGGCCAAAAAGGACAACACUGCAGAAAGUCCGACGACCGGCUCCGGUCCAGAUGCGGCCAGCUCGCUCGGUCCCUGCACCGUCUGGGUCGGCAGCAAAUCCGAGAGAUCCAGCGAUGAAGAACCACCACCCUCCAAAAGUCUCAAUUGGGACAACAGCGACAAUCAAGACUCGGCCUCUUUCCACUUGAUGAACCCCGACGCCGGCAUUGCCGUGAUUUACUUCCCUCUCCUUCCGCAUCCCGACGUGCCGAACGUCGACCCGGACAAAUCCGACUUCAUGAGCACCUGGAAUUUCAUAUACACGCCCGAACAGGUCGAUAGCGUGGUGCAGCUCGCCCGGCGCAAUUUUGCCGAGGGCGAGGAAAAGGUGAGGAGUACCGUGCGGGCGGUCUAUGAGAGGAAGAAGAAGGUGAGGCUCGAGCAAGAGGAAAAGAAGACGAGGAGAGAAUGGAAGGGCCGCAUGAGAAAGGUCGGCAACAGUUUCGUCUGA